GGUCCAUUGGGACUUAUGAAAAAUGCCAUUAGUAUGUCUGAGGAUGAACAAUGGAAAAGAAUACGAACAGUGCUGUCUCCAGCCUUCAGCAGUGGAAAGCUCAAGGAGGUAAGAAAAGAACUUUCAUUUAGGAAGUUAAAGAAUUCACCUGGGAACAGUGCAUCACUGACACUUCAUGAUAUUUUGGGAGCCUACAGCAUGGAUGUAAUUACUAGCACAUCGUUUGGAGUGAAUAUUGAUUACCUCAACAACCCACAAGAUCUCUUUGUGGAAAAUGCCAAGAAGCUCUUAAAAUUUGAAUUCCUUGAUCCAUUUUUAUUAUCCUUAAUACUCUUCCCAUUCCUUACCCCAAUUUUUGAACUAUUAAAUAUCUGGCUAUGUCCAAAAAGGGUUACUGAUUUUUUCACAAAAUCUGUAAAAAAGAUGAAGGAAAGUCGCCUCAAAAAUAAACAAAAGCACCAAGUAGAUUUGCUUCAGCUGAUGAUUAACUCCCAGAAUUCCAAAAAAAAAAAAAAAAAAAAAGCUCUGUCUGAUCUUGAACUAGUAGCUCAAUCUGUUAUCUUUAUUUUUGCUGGCUAUGAGACUACCAGUACUUUCCUCUCCUUCCUUGUGUAUGAAUUGGCUACUCACCCUGAUGUCCAGCAGAAACUGCAGGAGAUUGAUGUGACUUUCCCCAACAAGGAACGUCCCAGUUACGAUGCCCUUGUACAGAUGGAGUAUCUUGACAUGGUGUUGAAUGAAGCUCUCAGAUUAUACCCAGUCACUGGUAGCCUUGAGAGGGUCUGUAAGAAAGAUGUGGAAAUCAAUGGCGUGUUCAUUCCCCAAGGGACAGCGGUGAUGGUGCCAACCUUUAUUCUUCACCAAGACCUGGGUCUCUGGCCAGAGCCUGAGGAGUUCCAUCCUGAAAGGUUCAGCAGGAGGAACAAGGACAGCAUAAAUCCUUAUGUAUACCUGCCUUUUGGAACUGGACCCCGAAACUGCAUUGGCAUGAGGUUUGCAAUCAUGAACAUGAAACUUGCUGUAGUCAGAGUCCUGCAGAACUUCUCCUUCAAGCCUUGUAAAGAAACACAGAUCCCCCUGAAAUUAAGUGCUCAAGAGUUUAUUCUACCAGAAAAAACCAUUAUUCUCAAGGUUGAGCCAAGAGAUGGGAGUGUGAGUAGAGACUGACUUUCCCUAAGGACUUCCCCCUUUGUUCUUCAAGAAGCUGUGUCCCAGAAUACCAAAGACUUCAAUUUACUUUGUGAGUAAAACCCAGAAAUAAAGGUGGGUUUCAUGGACCACCCAUGACGGAUGACUAGAGAUUCUGUAGCUUUCUCAGUGUCUGUGUGGAGCAUUAUAUCUUGUGGAGAGUAAAGGAGGUGACUAAUAAGUACCAGACAUGUAGACUCAGCCUAUCUGGUUCCCAUAGACCAUCCUCUGUUAUACCAUCUACUCCCCUGAGCACUGUUCAAGAAUAAAAAUUUCUCAACAAUUUUAUCAACAAACUUUCAUGAAACAAGAAUUUUUGUGGUGACUGUAGUAGUGACAUUUAUAUCACACAUCUUAUUUUGAAUAUUACACAUUAACUACUACACUGUGUCAAUCAACAUCUCUUUACAAAACUAUUAACUGAU